CUCCGCUUCAAAUCACCAUUUACAGCCCUAUGUGAAUCACGGCAUCACACUGGCGCUCGUAGAGGGCACGGUCCGCGUGGCGAACAACACAGAAACUCGCGAAGUAAGCCGAUUCUUCAACAGAAACCAGCAUUCUUUGAAAAAUGGUAUGAGUGUUUCUAGUAUUAUCGCAAGGGGAAAUCAGCACAAGCCGUCGGGAGUCGAUUUAAAGCCGCCGCAUCCAGAGGCUUGAGCCAGUAUUAAGCUACACUCUGACAGUUGACGGAAGAGCACGUGUAGAAUCUACGCUUUCUAGCGGCAAGUAACUGCCCUGGGUCCCCGAUCAUCGGUCCCGGAGGGGGAGUUCACAUUACACCGAGUACCGGAAGGCUGGGAAUCCAAGUCAUCUCAAUCUAAACAAACAAUACCAGGAGAGAAGCUAGUGACAAGCUUUCGAAGAUAUUUGCUUGCACUUGUAAUUUAAACAAUAGAAACCUUUUUCAAAAUCGCUGGGCUAAGGGCCUGCCUACGGGUACAAGGUGCAUUCGGAAGACAUCUUGGCGAAAACCGUGCGACCCACGUGGCCCAUGUUCGGGCUGCAGGAGGGCGGGCUGCAGCCUCGAGGCCCCAUGGCCACGCUGAAGGAAGAGCCCUUGUGUACAGGCCAGUUGGGAACGGUGCGAAGCGGUUGGAUGCAGCCUACCAUGAUCGACCAGACCACGGGCAGUGUUGGCCUAGGACGGGCUCACUUCGAAAAACAACCUCCGUCCAACUUACGAAAAAGCAACUUCUUCCAUUUCGUGGUAGCGUUGUACGACAAAGCUGGACAACCAGUGGAGGUUGAGAGGUCAUCAUUUGUUGGCUUUGUGGAGAAAGAUGAGGAAAGUGACGGAGAGAAGACCAACAAUGGUAUACAUUAUCGGCUCCAGUUGCUAUACGCCAGUGGCGUUCGACAAGAACAAGAGCUCUUCGUUCGUCUUAUCGACUCUGUCACGAAACAGGCUAUCGUCUAUGAGGGACAGGACAAAAAUCCUGAAAUGUGCCGAGUUCUUCUUACGCACGAGAUCAUGUGUAGCCGCUGUUGUGACAAGAAGAGCUGUGGAAACAGAAAUGAGACCCCCUCAGAUCCAGUGAUUAUCGACCGGUUUUUCCUUAAACUCUUUCUCAAGUGUAACCAGAAUUGUCUGAAAAAUGCAGGAAAUCCUCGGGACAUGCGUAGGUUUCAGGUUGUUGUGUCAACGCAAGUCACGGUGGAUGGUCCUCUUUUGGCAGUUUCUGACAACAUAUUUGUACACAACAACUCCAAACACGGGAGGAGAGCCAAGAGAUUGGAGCCCUCAGAAGUUCUGUUUGCAGCAACACCGUGUAUUAAAGCGAUCUGUCCCAGUGAAGGUUGGACGACAGGGGGCAGCACAGUCAUCAUUAUAGGAGAUAAUUUUUUUGAAGGCCUUCAAGUUCUGUUUGGAACUAUGUUAGUUUGGAGUGAACUAAUUACGUCGCAUGCCAUCCGGGUUCAGACUCCACCACGUCAUAUCCCCGGUGUUGUGGAGGUCACGCUGUCGUAUAAGUCUAAACAGUUUUGUAAAGGAGCACCUGGAAGAUUCGUCUAUGUUUCUCUAAAUGAACCAACGAUAGAUUACGGUUUCCAACGCUUGGCGAAACUUAUUCCAAGACAUCCUGGAGACCCAGAGAAACUUCCAAAGGAAAUCAUCUUGAAACGAGCAGCGGACCUAGCGGAAGCGCUCUAUAGUAUGCCGAGGAACAACCAGUUAACACUUCCGGCGCCAAGAUCCCCAGCUCUAAACAACGCCACAGCGAUGUCUGGUUUCAAUGCCUACACCGGUCAGUUAGCCGUAAACGGUCAAGAAAACGGGACAGAGUAUGGACGAGCUCAAAGCAGUAGCGUAUCCCCCAGAGGAUACGGAUCCAACGCAUCCACCCCCCACAGCACAAACGGAUCGUCUUAUGGGGCGGCGACCAUGUCUGGAGGCUAUGGAGGACCGGGAAAUCUUGGGAAUAUGGCGGUACCAGGAUCACCAGGUCUGUUUAAUGGUAAGUAUGGGUUGUGUUUUCUGUUUAAUGGUAAGUAAGGGUUGU